AUGAAGCGCCGAGGUCACCACGAGGUGGGCCCCGGCUUUCCCCGCUGCUGCAGCCGAAGGGCCGGGGUCCGGGGCCGUCCCGCCGGCGGUUACGUAACCAGAAAGCCAGGCGGCCAGACGCCGGUCUGCGCCCAGGCCGGCCGGCCACGCCCGCCGCGCCGCGCGCACUCACCGGAGCCGCGUCCUAACCGGUCCGAUGGACUGUCCGCGCGCGGCCCGCCGACCCCGCCGCCGCCGCCGCCGAAAGGAGCGCGUAGCCCGCAAGGCAGCCCGCUGCCGCCGCUGCCGCCGCCGCUGACUCGCAGCUGUCACAUAGUGGAAAACGUGACCGCUCUCUGUGCCCGCCCCCGGAGCCCGCCCCCGGCGCCCGCCAUUGGCCGCGGUGCCGCUUCAUCUGCAUACUGGGGGGGCGGGGCCUGCGAGUGCCGUGCGUCCAUUGGCCACGGCGUCCGUCGCUCUCUUUACAUAAGACGCACAUGGAACUCCAUGUUCCACGAUUCUGUUCCUCAAUGA